AUGCUGAUCAAGGACGUCGUGCUGCUGCAAGAAGUCUUUGUCAGGGAUGACAUCGAGACAUUCACUACCCUGGCAGCGCAAGGCGGCCUGCAGCAUGCGCAGUACUUUGACAGCGGUUAUCUGGGCGGCGAGCUCCUCAUCCUCUCCAGAUUUCCCAUCACCUACACCAGGUACCACCAAUACACUGCGAGCGGGUCUCCUGUGAGCGUGUGGGAAGGGGACUUCUAUGCAGGCAAAGGGGUUGCCAUGGCCUGCCUGACCACGCCCUGUGGCCCGCUGCAUGUCUACAACACCCACACCUGCGCCAACUACAACCAUGCAUUCCGACACAGUGACGUGGCAGGAGGUCUUGAGCUGCCGUCAGAUCACAACUUCCCAGUCAGGCUGGUGCAGUUUUUGGAGCUGGCCUACUUCAUUGCCGCCCACAGCUCCAAGGGAAUUGCGCCAGUGAUCCUGGGGGGCGAUCUGAACUGCGGUCCAAAUGACAUGGAGGUUGUCAUGCUGCGUUCCCUACUUCCUCAGCUGCAGGAUUCAUGGCCUGCCCUGCACCCUGACGACCCGGGCAACACAUCCAACUAUGACCUCCCAGGUCAUCUUAGGAAGGAUCCGCCCAAGAGGAUAGACUUCCUGAUGAGCUCGCUUGAGCCUGUCUCGGCUGAGCUGGCGAUGGGCAAAACAGCAGGUGGCAUGCGCUACUCUGACCACCUAGGCGUGCAGACUGUCUUUGAAUACAAUGCCACCACUCAGCAGAAAAGGUUUGAUGUCGACCCGGGAUUGACAGACCGCAUUGCUUCACACAGUCCACUCUUCAAGCUGGCACAAGAGAAGCUCUCCCAAGGCGACCAAGGCCUUGUGGCAGCAGCGCGCAUCUGCACCUGCAUUGCAGCGGUGUGCUGUGCACCCCUGCUGCUUGCAUGCCUCACAGUGGGAAUAUGGCUGGCAGCGGCAGAUGAGAGCGUUGCAGGGGAGAUAACGCUGAUGUGCGUGGCUGUGUGUGCUGCACUGGUUCUGCCAUUUAUCCUGGCAGUCAGUGUGGCUUUCCAGGGGGCUGCGUCAGCGAUGCGCAUGCAUGCCAAUGGGAUCCAAGUGACCUUGAAGGCCGUGGGGUCAUGCUUGGCAUCUUCAUGAUAUCUGGAAUAACUGAAGCCAACCGGCAAUUGCCGAAUGUCUUGAAAAACUGUUGAAUGAAGGAAUAUUGGAUAUUGAAAUCUGUGACCUAGCUCACAAGAAGAAGCAUGUACAUCUUGGGAGCUAAAUUGCGCCUAAUUAUAGGCCUUAAUGCGAUUAUAUUUGCAAGUUGCUGCACGAUUGCCUUGAAAGUAAACCCAUAUGGAGGAGUGCC